AUGGCAUACCCAUCAGCUAUGACCAGCCUACUUCACAACCCCCAUCUCCGCCUCCUCAAUGCCCUCCGAUCCAACGCAAAGCCAAUCAUGACAUUCCUGGGUCUUCCGUCUUUCCGAACUGCUCAAAUAGUGGCACAGACCGGCGUCGACGGCAUCAUCAUCGACUGCGAACACGGCCACAUCAGCGAUGACUCCAUGCACAGCUCUACAGCAGCUAUUGCCUCUCUUGGCAUCUCCCCACUCGUUCGCCUCCGAAUGACGCACUCGGACCUGGUCAAACGGGCGUUAGACGCCGGUGCUCAUGGCAUCGUCGUUCCUCAAAUCAACACCGCAGAAGAAGCAAAGGCCGUGGUUCAAUGCUCUAAGUUUCCGCCACAGGGCAGCAGGGGCCAGGGCUCUGCUUUCCCGGCCAUCACGCAUGGCAUCGAUAUCCCGACUUAUUUGAAAACGGCGAAUCAGACGCUUAUCACUUGUUUGCAGAUUGAGUCGAAAGAGGGGGUUCAGAAGGUUGAUGAGAUCUGUGCGGUGGAUGGGGUUGAUAUGCUAUUCAUCGGGCCAAAUGACUUGGCCCUGUCGGUUCUUGGAUAUGUCCCUGCGAAGGGCGAUGAGCCGGAGUUCGUCGACGCCAUAGAUAGGAUCGUGGCGGCCGCGAGGAAGCAUGGGAAAUGGGUGGGCCGGUUGUCGAAUGAUGGGGAAGCGAGCAAGGAGCAUCUGAAGGUGUUUGAUACGGUGGCUAUGAGUUAUGAUAUUCGGGGGCUUCAGAAUUGGUAUGUUUCGGAGUUGAAGGUGGCGAGGUCAUAG